AUGCUUGCUGAAUUUGAGAGACGAAAACGUGCGCGCCAGUUGACCCUGCCCACUGAUGACUACGAGGUGAAGGCGCUGUUGCGACAGAUAGCCGAGCCAAUUUGCCUCUUCGGCGAGGAUAAGCCAGACAGACGCGAGCGGUUGCGCAAAAUUUUGUCGUUAAUGGACGAAGAAGAAGCCCACCGGAUUCUGAGACGCGAGGAGCCACGAUCUGAUCUGCCGAAGGAAGAGGAAAACACGUGGUACCAUGAAGGAUCUGAGGCACUACGACAGGCGCGCCAGUUCAUCGCCCGUUUCUCGAUUCCCAGAGCAAAAGAACGGUUGGAGAAAGUGCGAGAACUGAAGAAGUGUCCCCCUCAACAACGGGCCAUUCGUAUACAGGAAACGCACAAGUGGAUCAGGAACGUAGCAAAUUACUGCAGUCAGGUGGGCGAUUCAAGGCCAGUCGCCUACUGCGAAUUUAGCCCUGACUCGAAGUACAUCGCUACUGCCGGAUGGAGCGGUGUAUGCAAGUUAUGGGCUGUGCCCGACUGUAGUCUGAUUCGCACCUAUCAGGGUCAUAACGACAGUGCCGGCUGCAUUCGCUUUCACCCAUCAUCAACGAUAUCAGCCAGCAGGACUGAACUUAACAUGGCGUCGUGUUCCCAUGAUGGCAGCGUCAAGUUGUGGAAUUUGGAAAGCGAACUUCCUAUCGCAGAUAUUGAAGGUCAUGCGCCCUAUCGAGUGUCUCGUUUGGCUUUUCAUCCUUCAGGACGGUUCUUGGCUACCUGCUGUUUUGACAAGUCAUGGAGACUGUUCGAUCUUGAGCAGAACGAAGAGGUAUUGUUUCAGGAAGGUCACAGUAAGGCGGUGUUCGACAUCGCGUUCCAGUGCGACGGGUCUGUCGCUUUGACUGGUGGUCUUGAUACUUAUGGCAGAGUAUGGGACCUUCGAACAGGUCGUUGUAUAAUGUUCCUGGAAGGUCAUCAAAGGGACAUACUUACGGUCGAGUUCCUACCGAAUGGCUUCCAGAUGGUUACUGGCGCUGCCGACAACAAUUGUAAAAUUUGGGACCUUCGAAUGCGGCGCUGCAUUUACACAGUACCGGCACAUCAUAGCGUGGUAUCUAAAUUGUGUUUAGACACCAAGAAUGGUGAUUACAUGCUGACCGGUUCGUACGACUGUUCAAUUAAGCGGUAA